AUGCCCCCCGACAUUCCUCCCUUUGCCAAACCCCUGGCUCCGUACGUACACUCCCGCCAAAAUGCCCUCCGCAUCCGCCAGGCCCUGACGUCUUACCUCCGAUCGCUUGUCAUUUUCGUCCCCCACGCGGAACAAUCCGCCCACCACGCUCACUCACAUCUAUCGCUGUGCGCGCCAAUUGACGCCAUCGCCGAGGUCAAACGGGUACCCGCCGACGUUUCAGGCUUAAGAAAAGACUACCUCCACGCACUGCAGGCCAACGUUGCCGCGCACAAGGAAUGGAGCGCAGCGUCCGAGGAGGUUGCCUCUCGGCGACGGCGCCAACGCGCCCCCACGACCCGUAACGAAGACGAGCUGCAGGGCCCCGGGGCCGACCUACGUGAUUAUUUGACUCUGCUCCGCGAUCGACGCCGUCAUGCGAGGAUGCAGGUGUUUCAGCAUUAUCUCGAUGAACUGCAAGCGCGGGAGGCCGUCGACGCAGACGCCUUUGGGGCUGCGGUGGAUCUCAGCCACUUGCCACUGGAUGCAGAGGAACCUGGUCGCAGUGACGAUAGCACGGAUCUGGAUGCACUUGUACAUCAGCUGGAGAGAGCUGUCGUCCACGCUAAGACCCAGCUCGAUCAGGAGAAGCAGUUGUUCAAGAAAAUCAAGGCGCGACACGACACUAGAAAUGAUAAACCCUCGCCGGCGGUUAAAGUCCUCGCACUCCAACGAACACGAAAUGAACUGGUACAAUGGGUGGAAGAACGGCUAGUCAGCGAGGGCGAUCCAGACGAGAGCAUACUCCAAGAGCUGCCAUCCAAGGAACUCGAGGAGGCACAGCGGGUGCUGGAAGACCGCAAGAUGCAGAUCGCACAGCAAUACUCCUCGUACCUACAAGCUCGGCGAGAACUGCUCGAUGCCGCCGCCAGAGCGUGCCAACCCGUUAAUCUCCCCGCCAAGGCUCCCUCUCCACCAGUCCCCAAAAGCGACCUCCUAGCGGAGGAGGCCUCACCGCCAAAUCCUCUGGAUGUCCUGUCCUACGCAAACGAAACCCUCCUGCCUCUAUCCAAAAGCCAAAAAGCACUCGCGCUCCAGAAAUCCUAUUUAUCUGGGCUCCUCUCCAAGGAAAAAUCCACCACACUCCGCGCCCUCAACCGUCUCAGGGACGAGAGCCACCUGCUACCAGAAUAUCCGAUUCUGGCUCGCCAGCCACGCUUCAAGCACGCCGUUGCAGCUCUCAAUUCUCGUAACCAGCCCCAUGCUUCCCCUGACGACGAAACGGACGAGACAGUAGCCCUCGCCGAGGCAUGGGCCUUUGCCUCUGAAGCGGCAUCUGCCAGCGAGCAGGAGUACAUCGAACAGAAAGUGGCAUUGGGGAAGGAGGUAGCGCAGGACGCACGCAAGACGCUGGAGGAGGUCUACGGCAUGCUCAACCAGGACCUCGCCGAGGUGUUGCACGAGGAUGGACAGACUGAGCCAGAGGGAUCUGAUAUUUGGGCCUCACAGGCGCAGCAGUCGACGCGGGCCAGAGGUAGUGGGGGCAGGACGGAGAAGAGACCCAAAGGGCCGUGGUCUGGGCUGAAUGGGAAGGUGGGUGUAGAGUAG